AUGUGGUACGAAGAAGUGUCAAAGGCAUAUCGCGUUUACGACAUUGAAGCGGACCAAGUGGUGAUAUCUCGCGAUGUCACAUUCGACGAAUCAACGUUUGGUUUCUCGCACAAGCUACCACAAGAAAUUGUUGAUGACACUGCGCUGGAUAUCGAAUCGAUGAACAUCAGCGAUGAGCCUCACCCUAUGCAGUUCAAGCAAACUGGAAAACGCAAAAGUCGUUCAGACAGCCAAGAACAAGCUCUACAACGGAUACUUCCUGAGCGUCGUGGAACCGGGUUAGAAGAAGCAAGUGCCCCGGAUGACUUUGAAUCGCACCAAGCGAAGCGACGGUCAAACGCUCGAGCCAAUCUGGACGGAGAGCGAAAGGGCAGUGACGAAGAUAACGAGGAUGCUAUACAUUAA